AAUUUCUGGAAAUCCAUUUUCCCGCAACCUUUGGUCUCUUGUGAUUGAUGUGAUAAUGAGCGUUAAUAGACUGAACACCUUCCUGUGGUGGUUGUGGUGUUAUCUAUACUUCCUGACUUCCAAGCUGGCUUUGUUGAAAUUCUGUGCAGCAUGUUUUCUAGGUGGAACUGGGUGGCCUGUGGCUUCUGUCUGAUGUUGAAUAUUUGUUCUCCUGAUGCUUCAGGUGGACUUGUGCAGUCAUGUGGUCACAUCAUCCCGGAGUCACCUGUACUGGCCCUUGGUUCCAAUUUCACAGCAUUAUGCAUUCUGAAUGAGAGUUGUCUUGACUUUGGCAAUAUCUAUGCCAGUCAGAUUAUCUGGAAGAUUAAAAAUAGACUGGUACCUAAAGAACAGUAUCGUGAAAUAAACAGAACAGUUUCCAGUGUCACAUUCAAUGACACUUCUUCACUAGCUACUCCUCUGACAUGCAACAUUUUAGCAGAUGGACAGAUUGAACAGAACAUUUAUGGAAUUACAGUUACAGUAGGCUUGGCUCCAGAGAAGCCCAAGAACUUAAGUUGCAUUGUACAUCAGGUAUCAAGAUUCACAUAUGUCAUGACUUGUACCUGGAACCCUGGGAGGCAUACGUUCCUGGAUACUCAGUUCAGGUUGAAAUACAAAUGGUUGAGAUACAGAUGGCCAGAAGAGAUCUUUCCUGACUGUAUACCAAAAGAUGUAAACAAUUCUUGCACCAUUACUGAUACUCAGUUCUUCGUUAAUACGGAGAUCUGGGUGGAAGCAACAAAUGCACUUGGGAAGGCUGAAUCUGAUCAUCUUGUUGUCGAUCCCAUUGACAUUGUUAAGCCACUGUCUCCACAGAAUGUAUCAAUCACCUCAGGACUACUACCUACUGUUCUGCAGCUUUGCUGGGAGAAUUGGAUUUCAUAUGCUGUGAUGACGCUGAAAUUCAAUAUUCGCUACAAAAUUGUUGGCGACACAAACUGGGUGGAGGUUCCUCCUGAAGAUACAGCUUCCCCAAGAACUUCAUUCAGUGUUCAAGGUCUCAGACCCUACACAGAGUAUGUCUUUUCCAUUCGUUGCAUGAAGGAAGAUGGAGCGGGCUACUGGAGUGACUGGAGUGAAGAAAAGACCGGGAUUACCACUGAAGAUUUGCCAUCUAAAGGACCACCCGUAUGGAGGAUCAUUGAUACAUCUCACUCACCAGCUUUCUGGACUGUGCAUCUAGUAUGGAAGGCACUGAAGCCAUUUGAAGCCAAUGGAGUAAUCUUGCAAUAUGAAUUGACUGUCAGAGAUAAAUCAUCUCUUUCCAGUCCAGUGAAGAAAUGCAAUGUUACCAGCACCAACCAUACCUUACAGCUGCGGGAAGGAACUUAUGAAGUGACUCUGAUUGCCCGUAACAGUGUUGGGGCUUCUCCUCCAUCAGUUUUACUUAUCCCAGCGAGUAAUUCAAAAGCUCCUGUGAAGAAUCUUAGAACAUUACCUAAAGAUGACAAGUUGUGGGUAGGGUGGACUGCUCCUAACAGUUAUGUUCUUAAAUAUGUGAUCGAAUGGUGUCUGGUGUCCAGCAGCUCAGACUGCAUCAUAGAAUGGCAGAUUGCACUAGGAGAUGUUCAAGGAAUUGACUUAAAAGGUAUAAAGCCUUUCAAGUGUUACUUGAUAACUGUGUACCCUCUGUAUGCUGAUGGUCAGGGAAGUGGACAGUCUGUGAAGGCUUAUCUCAAGCAAGAUCGUCCUUCAAAAGGACCUACUGUUCAGACAAAAAAAGUAGGCAAAGCUGAAGCUGUUUUGACGUGGAACCAUCUAACAGUUGAGGAACAAAAUGGAUUUAUCCGAAAUUACACUAUACUUUACAAAACUAUUGAUGGAAAUGAAACAGUUGUGACAGUGGAUCCUUCCAAGACAGAGUACACCCUUUCCUCUCUAACGAGUGACACACUGUAUACUGUGCGGAUGAUGGCAUCCACAGAUAAUGGAAGCAGGACCGGUCCUGAUUUCACAUUUACUACACAAAAAUUUGGAAAAGGAGAAAUUGAAGCCAUAGUUGUACCUGUGUGUCUAGCAUUCCUGUUGAUUGUGCUCCUUGGAGUUUUGUUUUGCUUCAACAAACGUGACCUAAUUAAAAAACAUAUCUGGCCUAUCGUACCUGAUCCAUCCAAGAGUAACAUUGCUCAGUGGUCUCCUCAAGUUCCACCUAAGCAUAACUUCAGUUCCAAAGAUCAGAUGUACCCAGAAGGCAGCUUUACAGAUGUAAGCGUUGUAGAAAUAGAAGCUGAUGACAAGAAGUCUUUUUCAGAACAAGAUCUAAAACCCUUUGACUUGCUUAAAAAAGAAAAAAGUACUUCAGAAGGACACAGCAGUGGUAUUGGAGGAUCCUCGUGCAUGUCUUCUCCUAGGCAGAGCGUCUCUGACAGCGAUGAAGGUGAAACAACACAGAACACUUCAAGCACUGUACAGUAUUCAACUGUGGUGCUUAAUGGCUACAGAGACCAGACACCUGUGCAAGUCUUCUCAAGGUCUGAGUCAACUCAGCCCCUGUUAGAUUCAGAAGAGAGAUCAGAGGAUCAUGCUGGAGGAGCUGACAGUACAGCACAGAGGCAGCAGUAUUUCAGACAAAAUGGUGGUCAGGAUGAAACCAACACAGACAGGCCAUGCUUUGAAAGAGCAAAGCAGAUUACUCAUGCUAAUGAGGGAGAUCUUGUUGGAUUUGUUCAACUGCAGAUCUCAGGUCAGAGUUCACAGCCAUUGGGCCUUGGGAUGGAAAAAAAUACCCAGGAAGCUGCUGUAUCAAAUGUUUUACAGACGUGUACUGAAGGACAAACUGUGAGACCUGAAACAGUGGAAGAAAAUCCACUUUCAGUUGAUGAAAUGCCAAAAAGUUACCUCCCACAGACUGUGAGACAAGGGGGCUAUAUGCCUCAGUGAGAGAAAAGACUGGCUCUGUUUAGGCCUUCAUUAGUGCCUGUUCACAUCUUCCCCUGUGUUUCUGAUAAAGUAAGCUAGGUAUUUUUAUCUUACUGCAGAUAGAGAAACUGAAAUUAAGCAAAGAGUCAUUUGACAAAAUACGAUAAGGACUGUUUUUGUGGAAAAUUUCCAGUCCAGACCUACUGGAGAUUUACUUUUAUGCACUACAUAAAACCUUACAUCUGGAUAGCUGAACAAGCCUUUGUGCUACUUUGGGCGUUUUGUAUCUCUUCAUGACAGAAUUUCACACGAUUGAAAAGGUCAAGUUUUAAAUAUCCACAUCAGCCAAUAGACCUCCCAGAAGAACCACUUCAAUGCGUGGCAGUGUACGAGCCUAAAAAGCCAGCUCUAGUUGCACAGUGCAGCUUUGUGCAAAAGUGAGGCUGAAGCUCAGUAUUCUGACAUGGCAGAAUGCUUGUGUGAUACACUUUUCAGUAACUUAAUUGACUUACUGAAUUUUGACUUGGCCCAGUGCCUCAAUUUUCAGCUUACCAGACCUGCAAAUCAUGUUCAUCCCUGUUUAAAACCCAUAAAAAUUAAAUAGAACAUGCUAUGUUGUACAAAUAGGAAAACACCAAGAUCAGUUGAAUCUGAAUGCUACUAUAGUAACUGAUACUUCACCUACACUUAGAUAUGUGUUCACAUGAACUAUAGAAUAAUUUGGCCUAAAUGUGCCUUGCAACUUGACGCACAGCAAUUCAGUCUCGUGUUCAAAAGUUUGGAAAUCAGAUGACACCACAGAUGAGCAGUUAUUUAAAGGCUUUGUACCCCAAUCACUGUUUGAUGAUAUAAAACUUCUGCGAUCAUAUAUGCCUUUGUUUAAUAAGUGCACCUUUGUUGUGUACAGCUCAAGUAACAAGCUGUAAGCUUUUACCAUUUUGCUGAGUGCUCAGGAGAAAGGAAAUACAUACGACCUUCUUCCUGACAGACUGCAGCUAUUAGUGUGCUGUAACCUCACUACUAAUACUGCAGGACAUCCUUGAAACUGAAAGCAGCCAAAGCAUUGAAGUCAUUGGUGCUCUUGGAACUAAAACCAAAACCUAUACUCUGAAUUUGAACUUUGCAGGUAGUACACCUCUGUUAGUAAUCAUGAGCCACAAAACACACUUAAGUGGCUGUUAAAAUUCUUUACUUUUUUCUUAAUGUCUCGCUCUUUCCCUGCUCACACAGUUUAUAUUUUUUUGAGGAAGCUACAUUUCUUGGAAACUUCCUCUACCAGUGUUUAAAUGAAAAUUAAAUUACAGGACAAUAAACCCCUUCUCCAGUGAUAACCAGUAAUUUUAUGGCACUCUUAAAGAUGGGUUUUUUUUAAUUAAUUCGGAUCUAAUAUAGGCUAGUCAGCUUUCUAAUCUGACACUAACAAAAAUGUAUUUCAAAACACUAAAUGCUGUUUGGUGAGACUAAAACAAGUGUUUUAUUUCUCCUUCAGCAAAAUAACUGUAUUUAAGACCACCUGAAACCUUUUGUGCUGUGACCUCUGGUACUGCUGUUCUGCAGAGCACUUGCUAAAAGCCUGUGUCAGUAUCAUUUCAUCUUCCCUUGUCUGCCAGCUUGCAUGGAAGGAUGGGUGUACAUGUAAAUGUCCACAUGUGUCUUAUGCUUUUGUUAUGAAGAAAUUAAGUGCAAGAGUAAAUUUGUGAGAUUACCUCUUGAAGUUUGGAAUAUUUAAAACAGAUAAAGAAUGCAGAGUCUUUAAUAACAUUUCAGUAUUCCGCAGUUCCUUUCUCUUGACAGUAUUUUCCUGUAUCUAGGCACUUUUUUCUUUUAAUUAAAAGGCUGCAUUGCAGCUUACUAUAAUUACACCUUUCUUCAGACCAGUCCUCUUCCUUUUCACCCCCCUGCACCUCAGCACCUUUAAACUCCCUCCCAGAGGGCAAAGGUGUUAAUGAAAACUGCUGCCAUGAGACAGCAGAGAGACCAUCUUUCAUUUUUCAGAGGUUGAAAGAGCAUUCCUUUUUUGGAACACCUUCCUCUUGGAAAAAAUGGCAGUUCCUUUAAUGGGGGAUGAGUUAUCUUCUCUAUGCAAAAUUCACAGUGACUGUAGAAACCACAAGUAAAAGGGAAAGUCUCUGUUGAGCAGUGUGCAUGCUUAUUAAAACUGCCUAGCAGCCACAUGCAUUCAAUCCCUCCUCUCAUCUCUGAAGUAUUAUAGGCCACUACCUGGCUAUGUAAUUGUCUUGAUUUAGGGCAGAUUUGGGAGGAAACUUCCAGAGGGAUCCCUCUAGAAAGCAAAUUCAAGUGGCCCCUCUCCCUACUGAUUUGGGAAAAGAGUUCCUUGGAGAAAAAUGGAAAAAAAAUCCUGUUUAUUUAACAGGCAAAGUAUUCACAAGCAUUAAAAAAAAAAAAUAUAUUAAACACUAAGACCUCUCAGUGUUCUGAAGAGAUGGCAAAUCAGAAAGUCCUUGUCGUGGGGUGUACCUUGGCUUGCUCAUCUCUUAUCAGUCCCUCCUGUGCUGGACAGUGCCUUGUCCUGGUUCCCAACAGGCCACAGGUGUGAGCUCCCAGUGUUUUUCUGGGUUUUCAGUCCAGAGCAGGGCUGAACAGCUCCAAGAAAAAGAAAAGCCAGAGUCCAGAAGUUCUCUGCCUCAGCCAGCUAAAAACGAACUAAAAGCAAAGGAGAGCUUCCUCCACUGUCCGCGCUGCAGACAGCGCAGUCUGUGAGGAGGAUGCGGGGAGCAAGGGCAGUCCCUGAGAACAAACUCUGUGCUUCUUCUCCCCCCUCAGCUCUCAGAACCAGUCCUAAAGGUGCAGAACCUAAUACCCAGCAAAAUAGAGCAGAUGAAUGGGGAUACAAGCAGCAUAGAGUCACCCUAGGACAGUAGUCUAAACAGUGCUGCAAAGGUCUCGAUGUUUUCAAAAGCGUGUUGAUGAUUUUUUUAAAAUAUGUUUUUGUGAUUCAGUAGUACUAACUUUUGAUAGCAUAUGUUAUUUGAGGGAGAAUGUCAGGUAGUUCUUAAGUUGCUACUUGCCUUUCUGUAAAGGGAAAACAUUUUCUUCUCAGUUGAUGUUAAUCAUGGACCACUCAAAACUUAACUACUGCUGAACAGCAGCAAGAGAUUCUGAUUUUUCAAAUCUGUGCUAACAAGAGUUCUAGCCUGUCAUUUCUGACAUCUUUCAUUGCUGUUUAUGGGCCAGUGGUAAUGAACUCAAAGAACUGAGUGGGUCCUUGAGAACGUUCUGGCUGGCUGGCAGUGACAUGCUCUCUUUUGAGACAGAGCAAUUAUUUAGGGCUAAAAUACUAAAGACUAAGCAGGAGCUUCUAGUGGGUGAACAGCUUGUAGAAGCCACAAUACAUAUAAAUAACAGGUAUACAGCUAGUUCAUAAGCCUAUGUGCCAAAUACAUUGUGCAGUGUUCAGGGUUUAACAAGAUUUUGUACUCUGGACUGCAAAAAUCUAAGUGUAUCAAACAGUUGCAUACAGUGUUUAAGAGUAUCUGCAGUUUAAUUAUAGCAAUCCACUGAAAUUUUCUGAGCUUGGCCCUAACACAGUAACUCAAGAAAAAGUUUUCUCCCUCCUCCACCUCCCCUCCCCCCUUUACCAAUGGCUACUGGUGCACGUAACAAAAUAAAGGCAUUAUUAAAGUCACAUUUCAGUACAGACACUUUCAUGUCCAUCUUGAUUUCCUGGACUGGAAUUUUUCAGGUACAGGUGGAAGAUGAGUUGUAAGGACUGUUAAUUUGGUGGUGGGAAGGGAGGCUAGUAGAAAUAUAUCAGCAUAUUUGAAAAACCUCUUAAAUGCAGGGUGGUUAAUGCUCCUCUGUUUGCAAAAGAAGUGAAUAUAUAACCUUUGUAGUUCUAUUGUGGUGGUUCUGUUAGACCAGGAGAUGAUUGGUAUUGUUUUCUGGAGUGUUGGCUCACUUUAAGGGCAGAUAGUCUAGGAGUAUCCUCUCCUGCUGUAGUGAAAAUCUUGGGAUUGCUUCAUACAUGCUAUUAUAGAAAAUUAGGCUGCCUUUUACGCCUGAAGGUGACAGUACAAGCACAGCAGAGGAAAACUUUAAACUUUUUAAACUUUGCUCUGGAGAGUUUAUGACAAGUAUGUGCUUGUCUGGUACACAAGGGUAGCAAAAGCUGGAAAAAACCUUGGCCCUGGGAGGAUGAGGGAGUUUGCAUGCUAGGGCUGAGUCCCAUUCUUGGGUUCUGGAGAAGUCCCGUAACCUGGGUGGGAGCUUCAGCUUUGUAAAUCGUGAGCUCUGUCAGGUGGUUAAAGCAUAUAUCAUGUAUGCUUUUAACCAGUAUGCCUGGUAGGUGGGGUCACCACUGCUCAUUUACGUUAAGUAAUAGUUUAAUUUAGAGACAGGUCGUCAGUGUAUGCUGCAAUGGAAUUGACUUCUCAGUGGGAUCUGAAACUCCGAAGACUGUCAGAUUGUUAAUAGUCUGCCCCACUCCAGGGCAAAGACAUUUUGCAUUGUAAUUUAUAUGCAUUAAAUGGAACUAAAUACACUAGUUUAUUUUUCCCGUUAGACAGUGGUUGUAGUUGAGAUUAGAUGUUAUUUGAGUGCAUUCCUUUAACUGGGUUAAAAAGCUCUCUUGACUGAGACUGUAAGAGUUCCUUAAUCCCCAUAACCUCUUGUCUGUCUGCAAGGAUGGAUACAUAUAGUCGUUUUAAAUUCCAGGAGUUGCUUAUAAUAUUAUACAGGAGAAGUUUAUAUAAAAAUGUUGAGUCUUCUGUCAUGAAACAGCUGUUAGGGAGUUGCAGCCAACCUGAGUCUUCAGCUUUGCUUUUGAUCCAGAAAAGUGGAGGUAAAAAUGCAAAAAUCUGGAGGAGGUUAAAAUUAAGUACCUUGUAUUGGAUUCAUGAAUUUACAUUUCUCUUCCUUCAAAGUGAAAGCAUCAGUAAAACAAACAAAAAAAAAACCCCGUAAAAAUCAUGUGAAUUUGCUUUCAUUGUUGUUUCCUUUGUAGGAUUUGUGCAAUCUGAGCCAUUCUUGAAAAUAAAAGCAGUGCUGAGUUAAUGCACAAGGAUGCAUUUCUAAGGCCACAAGAUUUGAUUAAAAAAACCCUAAAGAUAAUAAUGAAGGGCCAUAUUUCAACAAUUGUCUGCUUCCCUGCCUCUUAACUAUAGUGCAGAGAGAGGGUGGGCAGCAAGUACCUCCCAGAAUGCAGCCUUAGCCAGUACUUGUAUUUAUUUGCAAAGACAACCUGAAGGGGAUAUAUGCAAUAAUGUCAUUGCUACUCUGCAGAAGCACACUUCUGUAACAAUAGAUGAAAAAUACUUAUGGCACAACUGUUGACUGAUGGCUGGAAAGCUCCACAUCCACAUCCUCCUGCUCAGACUGAAGUGUCAGCUGUUCUUCUCUGGGGAUCACAGGCGUGGCAGAUGGGCAUUCUCUGCAGUGUGAAACUGUUAACACCUAUCACUUUUCAUCAUCAAAGCACAUUUGUUAAUGGAUCCAGUCAACUUGCCGUGUUUUUUUUAACACACCAGUUUUGUUUACGGUGUCACAUCUAGCCUGACACUUUGAUACAGCCAGGGAUUGUCUAGUAACCAAUUGCUUUUAUUUGGGGAUAAGAAGUUACUGGUCACCCAGUUUGCUGUGCCAAUAUAUGCAUCUAGGUGAGUGGAGGUGUGGGACACAGGAACAGAUGUACCAACAAGGAAAGUGCCUUGAUGCUGGAUUGGAUGGCUAGUGAAUGUAAACAUUAAGUUAAAUUUUGCUAUGUACUUAAACUAAGUAUGGCCGAUUAAGCUAGUGGUAAUUUGAAUGCCAGCUUUAAAGGGCUUGCAUACUCCGGCCAGAGGUUAAACUUGUAAAUUGCUGCAUAAGCUGUCUCUGUAUGGAAAUGUGUUUUAAUACCUGUUCACUGUCUUUAUUCUUUUGCAAGCUGCAUGUGUAUUGUCAUAUAAAAUCUGCUUUCUACAAUUUAUUUUGAUGGUCAGUUUUGAAUGGCUUCCUCUUUGUUACUUGACUGAGCCUGAAUGUUGCAUUUCUGUAGUACAUAAUAUGCAGAAAAAAACAAACCAAAAUUCCAUAUUUA